GCAGCUUGAACCCUCUCUUAAACCCUCUUUACCUUUUCUCCUUUGAGGGAGAGAGAGAGAGAGAGAUGAGAGAGAUAUUGCAACAGCUAUCUUUGAAUCAGACCCAAAAGAUAAGAUUGGAAGCAGCUCUCCAACAGCUUGAAGAAUCAUCAAAAGCCAGCUCUUCUUCUUCCUCUGCCAUCAUUACUGUCGCCGACACCAUCCCCGUCAACCACGAAGAUGGCGUCCUCAAGGGGCAUGGCACAUCCGAACUUGAUGGUGAGGUGGUCGCUACACUCUGUGGAGUGCUUGAACGUGUCAACAAACUUGUCUAUGUACGCGCCUUAAGGGCCAGGUACAAGCCGGAGGUUGGAGAUAUUAUUGUUGGACGUGUCCUUGAGAUUGCCCCAAAACGAUGGAGAUUAGAGGUUAACUUCAGUCAAGAUGCAGUACUGAUGCUUUCAGCAAUGAAUAUGCCUGAUGGCAUCCAGAGACGGCGGACGGCUGUAGAUGAACUCAACAUGCGCAGUAUCUUUGAAGAAAAUGAUGUUGUUUGUGCUGAAGUCCGUGGGGUACAUCAUGAUGGAAGCUUACAACUUCAAGCACGAAGUCAGAAGUAUGGAAAGCUCGAGAGGGGUCAGUUGCUCACAGUCCCUCCAUACUUGGUGAAGCGGCGGAAACAGCAUUUCCACCACCUUGAACAGUACGGCAUUGAUUUGAUCCUUGGGUGCAAUGGAUUCAUUUGGGUAGCCGAGCAUGUUGAAAUGGAAGAAAAUGAAAUGAUAGAAGAUCAAGAGAACAAACUGGAAGAGAACAGUAAAACCAACAAAAGAUCGAUGACUGUUGAAGAACUAGAACGGAGUUAUACUCCACUAGAAACGAGGCGAAACAUAUGCCGGAUUGCAAAUGCGGUCCGUGUCUUGUCCAUGUUGGGUUUCAUUAUCUCUGUUGAAGUGAUCAUUGACACGGCCGAAGCGAGUUCCUUCUUGAAUAUCGAAAUAAAAGAUAUGCUCGGGGCGGAGUUUUGUGUUCAAAUAGCAGAGAGAGAGGCCAAACGACGGAACUCGUUGGUAAAAAAGAAGGGUUGAUUUUUGGGUGAGAAUUGUAGGUUUCGUGUUGUUCAUUCAAUGAUUUAGUAAUGCAUUUUUUUUUUUCAGGAAUUCUUUUUAAUUUUCUCUUUUCUUUGUUCUCUUUUCAAUCAUGAUUUAAUGAGAAAAUGGUUGAAAGGAGACGAAAGAAAAUUUGGAGUGUUUCUUCAUGUUGGAACAACUGUUGUACAAUUUAUGAAAAAUAUGGUUAUCUA